AUGAAUAGUUAUGCAAGUAUGAUUGGUUUUGGUGUUAUUUUUGCAGCUAUGGUGCAAUACAUAGGUGCUCAAACUGUACAUGUUGUUGGAGAUAGUGUGGGUUGGGACAUACCUCCAAAUAGCUCAGUCUCAUACGCCAAUUGGGCUUCUGGCAAAAACUUCAUGGUUGGUGACAUCCUAGUGUUUAACUUCAUGACCAACCAACACGAUCUACUACAAGUACCAAAAUCCUCCUAUGAUGCAUGCAGCGACGACAAUGCCAUAGGCAACGCCAUCACAACUGGACCGGCAAACGUAACUCUCGACUCUUCAGGCGAGCACUACUACAUUUGCACCUUCGGCAGUCACUGCCAAGUGGGCCAGAAGCUUGCCAUAACAGUCUCAAGCACGCCAGGGUCCAAUCCGCCCACUUCCAGCCCACCAACCACCCCUACAACCCCUUCUCCCACCUCGACUCAGCCGGAUGCAUGUGCACCUACUCCAUCUUCAACUCCAAAUGCUGGUGGGCCUACGGCUUCGGCAACACCACCUGCUGGCACCCCUCCUCCUCCUCCACCACCUUAUUCUUCCUCGACAUCUGUGUUUGCAAGUUUCUUGCCAGUUCUGCUUUCCAUUGGAGCGGCCUUAGUUACUUAA